UUAAAUGUCAGUUUUUUUAAUUGGUUAGGUUUGAUUUAGUUUUUCACAAACCUGAACACUCUUACUACUAACCAAGUAAUUACAUAGCCAAAUAAACAUGUCAAAUUGUGUAAUUAUUUCAAAUUUUGUUAUCUUAAAAUUAUCAUUCCAGUUUUAAUAAAAAAAUAAAAAUUACACUACAAUUUCGAAAUAGCUUAUUUUCAUACUUUUAUCCAACCAAACAUGAACACGCUUACUUUUACCUUUCAAGUCAUCUUGGAAUCUUAUUUUCAUACUUUUAUUUUAUUGUUUAGAUGUGAUGUAGUCAAGGCGGAACUAGAAUUUUGAUAGCUCAGUUGAUUGAUUAUUUGAACUUUCAUUUUAGAAAAGCGAUUCUUGAUAAAAAAAAUAAAUUAUUCAUAUUAAAUGACGUUUUAAGCGCAAAAACAGAAUUUAAGUCAAAGCUGUUGAGUUGUAUUGAACCCGUAAGUUAUAGCUCUGUAUAAUUCCUAUAUAAACAUUCGUUUAGCUAGCUAGCAAAUAAGAGAACCAGAAAAGAAAGUAGAGGAAUAAUGGGGAUGUGGAACUCUAAAUUUUUGUUGUUGAUGUUUUUUGUGAUGGUAAUUGUGGCCAAUGGUUGUUGGGAGGAAGAGAGAAGUGCUCUCUUGGAGCUGCAGGCAAACAGAAUGAGUUCGAAUGGCGAAUUGUUGGUUGAUUGGGCAGGCUAUAAUGCCAAUGGUUUUACAGAUUGUUGUUUUUGGAAUAGGGUAAAAUGUAGCUUAGCAUCAGGUAGAGUUAUCGAACUCAAUCUCGAAACAAGGCUUGGAUCAGAGGAUGGUUGGAGAUUUAACGCCUCUUUCUUUCUUCCAUUUAAGUCACUGCAAGUUCUUUUAUUGUCUUCCAGAAAUAUUAUAGGGUGGACAAAGAAUGAAGGGUUCAGUAAACUAAGGAAGCUUCCCAACCUGAAAGUAGUCGAUUUGCAAUUUAAUCCCAUCCAUCCUAAAGUUUUAAUAUCAUCUUUAUGUUGGAUUUCAUCUCUUGAGGUUCUAAAACUUGGUGCACAUGUGGGAACCACUUUCAGCAUACCGACAUGCCUUGAAUCUAUCCCACAACCAUCUCACCGGAAGAAUACCAAAUACCUUCUCCAAUCUACAGGAAAUCGAGAGUUUAGACCUUUCCCACAACAGAUUGAAUGGGAGCAUUCCUGUUGGUCUACUUGAGCUAAAUGCUUUGGCAAUAUUCACUGUUGCAUACAAUAACUUAUCAGGUGCAGUGCCUGAUUUUAAAGUUCAAUUUUCAACUUUUGACAAAAGCAGCUAUGAAGGAAAUCCUCUUCUUUGUGGCUAUCCAUUAGACAACAACUGUGGUAGUCCUAAAUCGUCAAAUACGUCCAAGAUUGAUGGAGGUGAGGAAUCAUCAGACUUGGAGGAUAUUCAGUGUUUUUACAUUGGGUUUGUUGUGUCUUAUGGAGCGAUAUUGUUGGGAUUAGCUACAGCGCUCUACUUCAAUCGUUGUUGGAGAAAAGCAUGGUUUAGGAUGAUAGAGGCAUUGAUGUUUUGUUGUUACUAUCUUCUCUUGGACAACAUUGUUACACCCAUUAAGAGUAGAUGGUACAGGAAUGUUGGUUAGGUAGGUUUUUUAAAAAAUUGUUUGUAUAUCUACAACUAUUAUGAUGAUGUCAUUCUCUUCGAUCAAUAUUCAACAUGUCGUAUGUCUCUUCACUCUUGCAUUUUCUUUUGAUAAUCCUCUUUUGAAAAUUGAAUUAAAUUGUUGUGGGCUUAGUUCCAUUUUCAUAUAUC